AUGUUUUCUUGGUUAAAAAUAGGAGUAAAAGAUUCAAAACAAACGUGUUUAUCUUAUGAAGAUGCCAUUAAAAGGGUCAGUGAUUCUGAAUUAAAAAGAUUAAGGGAAGCAUUUAAAAAAGCCUCUGCGGGUAAUGGAUACGUAUCUAAAUCUGGAUUUUUAAAAGAAGUUUUAGGUGAUGAAAUUCCAACUCCUAUUGCUGAGGUAUUGUACAGUUCAUGGGGAGGUACAUCAAAGGGAAUAUCAUUCAAAGAUUUAAUUUGUGGACUAAUUUUACUUACUAGAGGUACUCAAGAAGAAAAAAUUAAAUGUAAGGCUAUUGUCAAGGAGAAUUUUUUAAAAAUUAUUCAAGGCAGUGAAAAUGGAUUUUUAUCUGAUCAGAUAUCAAAUCUUUUUAAUGAGAAAGAUUCUGUUAGUUUUGAAAACUUCAGAGAAUGGCUAGUGGCACAUCCUGAUGCAUUUUGUUUGAGUAAAUGGUUGUUAGUCGAACCAUUUAAUAUUUCUUUAAGUAAUGAUUUAGAAACGCCUACAUUUUAUCAAACUUUAUGUGGUGUUACACAUUUGGAAGAGUAUGAAAUGAUAGAAUUAGAAAAAAGGUACUGGUCUUUAAAAAAUUCAUCUAGAAAUGGUAAAUUAGAUUUGGAAACCAUCACAUCAUUGUUAGUGCCUACUUUGCCAGUGUCAGUGUGCAAUGGAUUGUUUAAUGCAUUCGAUGAAAAUCAAGACACACACAUAGAUUUUAAAGAAAUGGCCUGUGGAGUAUCUGCAGCUUGUAGGGGCCCAGUAGCAGAAAGGCUUAAAUUUUGCUUUAAGGUUUUCGAUGUAGACAGAGACGGGUAUUUAAAUUCUAAAGAAAUGGAACACAUGGUGGAUAUAUUUCUUAGUUUAAAAGAAAAAGAAAUAACAAACGAAAUGAAAAAGUAUUUACUCAAUGAUAUAUUGAAUUCCGUAAAUGAUUCAAAAUUAGGUAUGGCACAGGAAGAAUAUCCCAUUUGGGCAUUAAAAAGUGAAGCUUCUAAAGCAUUCACAGAUUUAUUAUUUCAGAUGUGUCACGUUAUAUUUGCUCUCAGGCCUUCUAAUCCUGUUGAAGAAGGUGAAAUUGUUAUGCAGUGGUUAAAAAGAGAACAGGAAAAGAGAGGAUUAGAAGUAGGUCAAUUUUGGUAUUUAAUAGAUAUGACUUGGUGGAAACAAUGGCAAAUGUAUAUACAACAUGAAGGGGGACCAGGACCUCCUGAUAUUAAUUGUGAAAUAAACGGCUAUCCCAAAAAUAUGAAUUCUUCAAUUAAAAUUAAUACCAGAGAAACCAUGUUUGCUUUGCAUACCUCUUCCUUUACAACUAGUGGUAAUAAUAAUAAUUUUUUUGUUGAUUUUAGUCCUAAUCAUAGUCCUAAAUUAGAACAGAAGCAAAUUGUCAAUAUAAAAUUUCCCAGGCCCGGACCCAUCAAUAAUUCUAACUUAAUACAAUCGCCGGCUUACAAGGUGCCAUCUUUGACGGGUGAAGGAGGUAAAUUAAGGAAAAAUUUAUGUUUGAAUCAAAACAAUGGAGAUUUUCAGUUGGUUUCACAAAGUUUAUGGACGGCUUUAACACUUUGGUACGGUGGAGAACCCAGUUUACCUCGGCAGGUUAUAAUGCCCACCAAUAGUGCACAACCUGAUUUAGAGCUUUAUCCGAUAAAUAUAAGGUUUUUGAAACAUGCCACGCAAAAUAACAGGCAACAAAUAAAUAAUUGGAGUGGAAUGGUCGGAGGAUAUGGAGCAUCCGCCAUAGGAAAUGCAGGAUACGCUUAUGUCACAAAUUUAACAGCGACUUCUCGGAGGUAUUUAGCAUAUGUUGGUGCCUUUAGCAAAAUGGCAACGCUUAAACAAGUCUAUCAGUAUCUGUGUAAUAAGUUAAGGAUAAGAUUCGAAGACAUGAGAUUGUGGCUUUACAGAGAUGAGAGCAACAUGUUCAUUUUAGAAGAAGAAGAUUCGACAUUAGAUGAACUCGGUAUUUUAGAUGAAGAUCAAAUAUUAAUUGAAAUAAGAAAUAAAGAUCUUACUUGGCCGGAGGAACUCAGUUCGAUUGCCUCUAACACGUCAAACGAUAAGAGACAAGGUGAAUUGUCUGCUCUGGAAAAGGGAGCCACCGGUUUGAACAAUUUAGGAAAUACUUGUUUCAUGAAUGCCGCGUUGCAGUGCGUGAGCAACACUCAGGUACUCACACAAUAUUUCACAUCAAAAAUGCAUUUAUACGAAUUAAACAGAAAUAAUCCUCUUGGAAUGAAAGGCCACAUUGCUUUGCGUUAUGCAGAUCUCAUUGAUAACAUUUGGAGUGGUAGCAACAGAACGAUAGCUCCUCUUAAAUUAAGGUGGACAAUCGGUAAAUACGCGCCCAGAUUCAACGGAUUCCAACAACAUGAUUCCCAAGAACUCUUAGCAUUCCUUCUGGACGGUUUACAUGAAGAUUUAAACAGAGUUCAUGAUAAGCCCUACGUCGAAUUGAAAGACAGUGACGGGAGACCGGAUGUGAUAGUCGCACAAGAGGCCUGGGAAAAUCACAUAUUACGAAACAAAUCAAUAAUUGUUGAUUUAUUUCACGGACAGUUGAAAUCAAAGGUUACUUGCAAUAUGUGUUCACACGAAAGCGUUCGAUUCGAUCCAUUUAAUUAUUUAUCAUUACCUUUACCAAUGGAAAGUUACCUGCAUUUUUCGGUCACGGUUAUCAAAUUGGACGGAUCCGUUCCUGUUAAAUAUGGAGUACGCAUAAACAACGACGAAAAAUAUGGGGCAUUAAAAACGGAACUUUCAAAUUUAUGCGGAAUUCCUUCUCAUUUGAUUAAAUUAGCCGAAGUUCAAAACGCUCUCAUCAAGCAUGUAUAUUUAGAUGAUCAAAGAUUCAAGGGAACUCAAGGAGGGUUUCUUUACGCUUACGAAUUACCUCAUUCAUUUAACAUGAACAACAUGGAUGACGAAAAACUAUCAUUAUCAUCGGUUAAAUUGACGAACGAAAAAGAGAGAGAAGGAUCUGCAUUUACGGCCAUACAAAGAGCAAUUAACCCCAUGAACUCGAGUAAUAUUAACUUAGAAAAUUCAGUUGUCAAUCCGUGGGGGAAAAAUGUAAAUAACGCCGGGGAUGCUAGCAGUGAAGUUGAUUCCUCCGAGGUAAGACUACUUCACUGCAUGCCUGCUUUCUUUUGUUUCAAAAAGACAGAUGACAAAAAAAGUUGGUUCUUCGAUGGUUGUUGCGUAGCCUUCGAAUAUUUAUUUAUUCUAUGUUUGAUAGACGCUUUAAAAUAUAAUCGCAGCGCAUUUUCAUUCUCAUAUGGUAGUCCUCAAAACACGAGUUUGCUAUCAUCCGUGUCUUCGUCGAUGGGUAGUUUAGAACCUCAUCAUCAUCAAUUCGGUCUCGUCGAAGGUUGCGUUCCGCAUAAUAGCGCUCAUAGUUCUUCGAGUGGAAGUUUGGCCAAUCUGAGUGACACGACCACGGUUGGCUUUAUCGUUGCUGUACAUAGGAAAAUGAUGCGACAAGAAACGUAUUUUUUAUCAUCGUCAAAAACGAAACCUAGUCUUUUCGGUUUGCCUGUUAUUGUGCCAUGCGGUGAAUCAGUUACUCAUCAGGAUUUAUAUCAGUCGGUUUGGACUCAGGUUGCACGACUCGUGUCUCCCUUACCACCCGGAGAAACUGUUAAUCACGCAACUGAUUGUGACGACAGUUUAGGUUACGAAUUUCCAUUCACGUUAAAAGCCGUUUCACCCGACGGACUGGUAUGUUCGAUAUGUCCUUGGUAUCGUUUUUGUAGAGGGUGUCGAAUACAGUGUUCUUUAUCUGAAUUCUUGCAUAAUACUUCUUAUUUAGCUAUAGACUGGGAUCCGACAGCUCUUCAUUUAAGAUAUCAAACGUGUUUAGAAAAAAUUGUCAUAGAGCAUGAAAGCGUCGCGAGAACGCGACACCAAAUGUCGGAGCCGAUUAGUUUAAAUCAUUGUCUGGAAGCUUUCACGAGAGAGGAAACUUUGUCCGAGGAUGAAAAAGUUUAUUGUUCGAAAUGUAAAUCUCACGAAAUCGCGACGAAAAAACUUCAAAUAUGGAGACUACCACCCAUCCUCAUUGUACACUUGAAGAGAUUUCAAUACGUAAACGAGAAAUGGAUAAAGUCACAAAAAGUAGUCGAGUUUCCCGUGAAGGGUUUCGAUCCCACCAUGUAUUUGGCUUCGGUACCCAAAGAAACGGUUCUUCGGCAUUGGGAAAUCACGGAUAAGCUCAACAAUCGAAAAACGAAUAUUGAAAAUUACAAAUGCAAUACCGUCGACGUCAUCAAAACGGACGAUAAUUGUAAUUACGAUCAUUCGGAUUCGGUGCUAAAUAAUAUACCAAAGAUAACAAAAAGGGAUAGAUUAGAAUCGACUAGUUUGAUAACGACUCCGGUGGAAGAUUCAUCCCUACAGGAUUUUCAUCAGCACCGUUUGAACCACGGAGCUGAUCCAUUCGAUCUCAAGUACAAUUUAUAUUCCGUUGUCUGCCAUUCGGGAAUGCUGGGAGGAGGACAUUAUGUAAGUUACGCGUGCAAUCCACGGGGAAUUUGGUAUUGUUACAACGAUUCAAGCUGCAAACAAGUAAAUCAAUCUCAAAUGGAUCUUUCAUCGGCUUACAUGCUUUUUUACGAGAGGCAAGGGCUUAGUCACGAAAAUUACAUGCCUAGCGUUGCGGGUAAAAUUCCAGAUACGGAAAAUAUCGAUGAAGACGUCGAAUCAGAUUUAAAAAAAAUGUGCAACCUGCAAUAA